CCGUAGGCCCAAUCAAAAUCAUUCAGCUCGGGUAGCAAGUGGGCGCUGACCAAACAGUGGAUCCGCUUUGUUUGUUGCGCGAAAUAUUUACAAAAUUCGAAUUUAUAAAUUAUUGACUGAACAUAAAUGGCCUGUAACUGUUUUGAAAUUAUAUUAGAUAGACCGUGAGAUACCUUGUGUGUAAUUAUUGACUUUAUUACUAAUUGUCAGUGCGUAUUUUGUGGUUAAAAUGACGGCUUCUACUAUGAUUGAGCUGGAGUCCUGGAUAAUCUACCAGUGUGUCCUGAAUGAAUGCCACGUCUCAAGCAACUAAGCUGUUCGGCUAGUGCGCGUUGUUAGUCUUCGUGUUGUUUUAAGUUUCCUCCAUGGUUUCCUCGAUGGAGGGCGGCGCGUGGUGCGCGCGUGACAUCUCGCUGCGCGCGCAGAAGAAGUUCCUGUCGCGGGUCGGUGGCACUAGCAGCGCCCGCGCUCUUGUGCUCGACGAACACGCUGCCAAGUUACUUGACCAAUUCCUGACGGUCCUUCGCGAGCGAGUAGAGAAGCGCGAAGCAGAGAAGCUGGUGAAACACGUGAUCAAGGCCGCCGUGAAGCUGGGCGUGCUGCGGCGCCACGGGCAGCUGUCGCCGGCCGACGAGCGCGCGCUCGCUGCCUUCCGCUCCAAGUUCCACACGGUGUUGAUGGCUGUGGUAUCAUUCUGCGAGGUCGAUUUCUCUUACGACCGAGGUUUCCUACAAGAUGCUCUUCGCGAGUCACAUCAGUCGCUCAAAUCAGUUGUAGAGCGCCACCUUUCAGACAAAUCCGUGUCGCGACUUGCCGGAGUGUUCUCCCUCGCGUCCCGAGGUGAGCUCCUGGACUCUCUGUUCGCAGGCCAGUGCGACGAGGAUGUGCUCAAACUCUCCAGGAUGCUGCGCAAAGAACUGGACCGGGGCCUGCUUUAAUCCCCCGGGGCCCGCCCCCCUGUGCCGUCCUACCACUACCAAAGCUGUGCGUACCAUCCCAAGCAGACUCACGUCGCAAUCCACGGGAGAUAACUGAGUAUGAACGGUAUCUCUAGCGAACGACUAUGGGAUCACAUACAACAAUAUCGUUAUCUCCACAAAUGGAGAUUGGAUUUUCUAUUCUUAAGUAUUCAAAGAUAUUAUUAGGAAUAAAGAUUUUUCUAUUGUCACGAGGAAUGCUUUCACGUCGCAACGUGCAGACGUACUUGUUGAUGACAUGAUUGGAGUAUACAAGGAAGGGUUUUAGGGCCGUGUUUUUAUUCGAAUUAGUGAUGGUCUCGUAUUGUGAUCGUUUCUGACUUUACAGUGAAACUUACAAACUAUUCUGUAUAAUAUCAUCUAGCGCACAAAGUCAAUAUUUGCAUAACACUAUUUACAAAUUAAAUCUGUAACUCCAAUGAUGUUAUGAAUGUCAACACCACGGUAGGAUCUCAAUUAGUAAAUUAAUUCUUGCUUGUGCGUUAAUUUUGCUUCUGCCAUGAUUUGAGUAGGCGCACUUAUCUUUAAUGGUUAUUUUUUAUGGUACUACUACGCCAUAUUCAGAAAACGACUUCGUUAUUAAAUGUGGUAUUUCUGUCAGAGGAAUUCGUCGAAAAGAUUUUAAACAAUUUUCAUGUUGAGAAUGGAUUGCUAAACAUAAAUGACGUAUGUCUUUAUACUGAUCGGGUAUCGGGUUUAGAGGGAAAUAAUCGAUGUACUAAUUUUGUAUAAUGAUGGGAAAUGUACUGCAGAUUUUUUAUAAUCGAAGAGAUAGUAUCUUCAGGAGUCUAAAUGAAUUUAUGUGUGUUGAUGAAUGGAUAACUAGAAAAUGAUAUUUGUUUAAUAAUUUGGUGUCGUACGAGUUCAAUAGGAUCAUUGUUUAGCUAAGUCGUGUUUGUAGGAACGUGUAUGAUUUAAUUGUAUGACUCUACCUACUCAAGAUUAUCUCACCUUUUUAUUGAGGACGUUUUAACUGUAGUCAAAAUAUCCUAUUUUAUAAUCUUGCCUUACAUGCCAGUAUUUUAUUAAGCAAAUGACUAUAAGACUAAAGGAAUACACAACCAAAUUAAACAUUGAGAUCUGACUAUGUCGAUGUAUAUAAAGCUUGCCUGGAUUUUUAGACUUUUAUAUUAUUAUGCUUUUUUAAUUUAUGUAUCAAUUAACAAGUUCGAUACUGCAUUUAAUAAUUGUAAAUAUGAUUGUAUUGACUAAUUUUUUAAUGUAACACUUAUUGUAACGGUUACCAGAUUUACAAUAUUUUUUAUGUCUUAAAUUAUGAUAGGCUCUAAAUAUCUUGUAUGAGUUUAUAUGUAAUAUUAAUGUUCAAAAAUAUAAAGUUUCAGGUUAUUCGGUAUGGUUAAAAUACUGUUGGUUUCGAAAAUGAAAUAGUAAUUAGUAUUUUAAGUUUUUAUAUAUUUAUUUUUUGUUAUACGAAGUUUUGGUUAGUUGAAGCGACUCUACAAAAUAAUGUUUACACAAUUUCGGACCAAAAUCGUAAUAUCUAACAGUUCUAACAUAUCUGAACUUCAAUUCAUAUCUCACUAUUUAGCAAUAACGACAUAUUGUAGUCAUAGCGUACGAUGAUAUUGUUUUAAUUAAGUUUAAGUAAGUCCCAAAAUUUACCGCAUACGACUCUUGCCUAAUCGUCACUGUGUAGUGUGAUGUAAUUUGUUUGAAUGUUUAGGUGUUAACUUGUUAAAAACAUUGUAUUGCUAAUCAAUUUUAUGUGUGACACCGAAGGAGGAACCAAAAAUUACGCUAAUAUACUAAAUGUCUGUUGGUUGACGACUCUACCUUAUUAACAAAUCAUUCUUCCUUCUGGAUCAUUUUUUUUCUUAAACUUAUAAAACGUGUCAGAGGAUGUCAUACCUAGGAUCUCUAUCUUGGGAGAGUUUAUAUGUAUAUUUUCUAACUACUGAAGGACGGAAGCUCUCUUAACUUGAUUAAUUAGUAAGUUACGUUACCAUCUUUUUGACAUUCAAUACCUAACCUACCUACUUUAAGAGUAACAGCAGUAAUUCUGGUUCCUCCCUAUCACGAAGUGAAUACGUGUUUCUAGCUAGCGAGCACCGACUUCAUAGCUAGACGAAAUCAAAGACGUCCAUAUAGGAGUUGUAUUAAAAGACAAUAUUAUGUGUGUUUAUACUCUCGGCGACUCUCUCUCGGUUAGUGCGGGGAAUAUUAUAAUGCACAUAUCGACUAAACUCACAUCUGAAAUCUCACUAAAUGUGACAAAAAUACUUGUCUACUACUUGGGUAGUUACUUAGUUAUACUUUUUUGAAGUUACAAUUCAAUUCAAGGGUUUGGUAAGAAAGUGAACAAAUUGCGACAAAAAAAUGUAGAGUGUAAAUAUCGCACUUCGGCAAGCUAGUUACUUGGAUUUAGUGUGUUUGAUAAAACAAUACUUUUUAUAAAUGACUAAUUUCCUACGAGAUGACGAAUUUCUUUUUUAAAGUUUUCUUCAUUAAAUAAUUAUACUUCUGUACAUCUUAAAACGAGUGGGUUAGUCUGUGUGUGUUAUAGUUGUUCCUCUAAAAUGAAGAUCACUUUUUAAGUCACACAACGCAUUUUUUGAUUCGUUUACUUUGUCGAUAGCACAAUAAUUAGUAGCAAUGUAUGUACAGGCUUUGGAUUGGGUUCUCGUUUGCAUUUCGCUGGUCUAUGAAAGGUUUUAUUACAAGAAAUACCUAUCUACUUACGUAUUGAGUUCUCUUAAACUAUGUUGACUCUUUUAAACUAUUAUAGUCAUAUCUUGUAGUCACUAUUGUAAUUCUUUAUUAUAAUAGACACUUUGUCGACUCGGAAACUAUUUUAUCGUGUGAAUUAUAAUAACUUAGGGCACAUCACUAGGUUCAGACUUCAAGAGCCACCAAAAGCGUCUGACUAGUCGGUUAAAAGAGUGGAAAAAAUGAAAAACAAAGUCCGUAGAGACAGUAACACAGACUUGUGUAGAUUAAAAUGUGUAAAUUGGAAAUCAAAGUCCACAGAACAUACUCUGAGUGAUUUUAAGGGUUGUAAAAACACUUUUACCUCUUGAUAUUUCGAUUAAAUUCUUGGACCAGCGAAAAGCAAAAGGUAUUUUUGUCUGUAGCACCGGAGCACGCCAUGACGUGGGGAGGCCGUGUCCGACCACCUUUACUUUCGAUGUUAAGCUGUGGUAUAAUUGUAAUAAGAUUUGAUAUCAAAUAUACAAUUGAUAAGAA